GGAGGGUCUCCCUACCGAUGAAGUCACUUCCUGCGCCUCCUUUUCAUGGGGGGAAGUAGGAAGACUGUGGGGGAGAGAAAAUGAAAUGGAAGCAGCUGGAAUCUCUGUAGAAGUCAAACACAAAGAGGUAGAAGCACCCCCAGGAGUUCCAGAUGACUCAGAAAGACGUCAGGAAAGGAAAAUGGCUGCAACAGAAAAGCAGGGGAAUAUAUCCAUCGCCAGUGAAGAUGCUGGCCAGGUAAUCCCAGCCGAGCAACAAGUAGCAAAGGAGAAGAGAGAGAACGAAUGCCAUACCUGCGGGAAAAGUUUUGGUUCCAAAUCCCGCCUGAAAGUGCACCAGAGGAUCCACACGGAGAGACGGCCCUAUCAGUGCCGGGAGUGCGGCAAGGGCUUCAGGCAGAGCGGGCACCUUUCUCAGCAUCAAAGGAUGCACACUGGAGAGAGGCGCUACAAAUGCUUGGAGUGUGGGAAAAGUUUUAGCCAGAGCACCUAUUUCAUCCUGCACAAGAUCACCCACACAGGGGAGAAACCUUUCACCUGUCUGGAGUGUGGCAAGAGCUUCAGUCACAGCCGGAAGCUUGCUAUACAUCGCACGAUCCACACGGGCGAGAGGCCGUACAAAUGUCAGGAGUGUGGGCAGAGUUUCAGCCAAAGCACCCACCUUACUUCCCAUCAUAGGAUCCACACGGGAGAGAAGCCGUAUCAGUGCACUGAGUGUGGGAAAUGCUUCAAUCAGAGCACCCACUUGACUUUGCAUCGGCGAAUCCACACGGGAGAAAAACCAUAUCAGUGUCUCGAAUGCGGGAAGUGUUUCAGCCAGAGCCCACACUUAACUUUACACCAGAGAAUCCACACCGAGGAGAAAAUAUAUAAAUGCUCCGAGUGUGGGAAGGGCUUCCAUCGGAGCGAUCACCUGAUCUCGCAUCAGAGGAGUCACACAGGAGAGAAACCAUAUCACUGUUCUGAAUGCGGGAAGAGUUUCAGCCGAAGUUCAAUCUUACAUAAACAUCAGAGAAUCCACAAAGAUGGGGAAACAUCCAUCUGAAUUUUUCUAAAUGCUGAACUGGAUGGGCAGAACUUACUUUGAAGGUUCUGGUCAUUUAGGGCUUUGAAGAUUGCUUACAAGAAGCGAGAAUGCUUUAGUUGUAGGGGUUUAAAAUAUGGGAUAUGUCUCCAAGCUUAGAGUAGUGAGUCUGCCAGCCCUUCAAGGGAGACCAGACUAGGAAACCAAAGUCAUGCAGGCUAAUACUACUUUUAUUAUAUGGUUGC